AUGUAUGUAGUGGGUCUGUCGAGAGGGCUGCGCCGUCCCCCGGCCCCCAGCUCUCCCCGCCAGCGCCCCCCUAUUGUUGCGCACGGAAGGUGAGACACGGUUCCCAGAUGUUCGCAUAUUUUGCCUCUCUGCCCGUCAAUUCUGCCUGUAGUGCCUCUGCCGCUCUAAUGUCUUCGACCCUGUGAAUCCACUCUUCUCUUGUGGGGAUGUCUGUAUUCUUCCAGUAUACUGGAAUGAGUGAUUUGGCAGCGUUCAGUAGAUGGCACAGUACAGAUUUUUUGUAUGCGGAUAGUGGUUGUGAGGAGAUGUGCAGUAAGGCCAGUUCUUGUGACCAUUCAGUGUCGUUCCCAAGGAUUAGGAGAACAUCUGAUUUGAGUCGAUUCCAAAAUGGUGCGAUAAGUCUGCAUUCCCACCAGAUGUGUAAUAGAGUCCCGUUGUCCUCCUGGCACCUCCAACACGUUGGCGCGACAGCAGGGAAGUUAAAGAGUAAUUCUUAACAGUCGAAUAAUAAUACAUGAAUGUGUGCAAAUAUUUAGAACACAAGUGAUAUUUUUUUUUUGUGAAUCGUAUAUGUAGUCUUCAGUGCCUGUUUAUUUAUGUGUUCGUCGUCCAUUUUUGAGUUUACUAAAUUUAAUAAAAUUAUUAUAGUUGUAAUUGUCAAAAUUAACAAUGUCAAAAAAAUUUCAGUAUUAUUUAAGAGAAGUGUUGGCGCCAACAAUCACACUACAUGUUAUUCUUAUUUUCUUUUGUCAUCCCUUUUAUUGUUUUACAAACAUAGACAAAAUGCCAAAGUGUUUAGUUGUAGGCUGCAGAAACAGUCACACUAAACAUUCACCAGAUUGCUCUUUCUUUAAUUUUCCAAGUACACCGGACAGAAUUAAAGAAUGGCUUUUAGCCACAGGUGACGAAUUUGUCAACCUAGAUGGCUCAAUUCAAUUAAUCAUGGAAAAACAAAAAAGUGAGAUUUUCAAAAUUUGUUCGGACCAUUUCACAUCAGAUAUGAUAGUAAAGUCUGAAAGGAGAACACGAUUGGUUUUAAUGGCAAAACCAACUAUUUUUGUAAAAGCUAAAGUUUUACAAACUUUACACGAUAUGACUUUAAGGAGAGCAGAAAACAGUAGUGAUAUAGAAAUGUUAGACCUCAGUGCUCCGUCAGCGGACCGCAGUGCUUCAACAGAGGGACACAGUGCUCCGUCAGAGGACCUCGGUGCUCCGUCAGAAGACCUCGGUGCUCCGUCAGAGGACCUCGGUGCUCCGUCAGAAGACCUCGGUGCUCCGUCAGAGGACCUCGGUGCUCCGUCAGAGGACCUCGGAGCUCCGUCAGAGGACCUCGGAGCUCCGUCAGAGGACCUCGGAGCGCAGUCUGAGACAUCUAUUUACGAUCACGAGUAUAUAGCAGGUUUCCAUUACAAACUGGCUUUUGAUAAAUCAUUUAUGAACAUAGCUACCAACACCACAAAUUUAACAAUGAUUGCCAAAGGUGUAUCAACUUCGAAAUACUACGGAAGGCGGAGCAGGUCUACACAAACCCACAGUGUAAUUCAAACAAGUGAUGUAUCCACCAAUAUAAUUGGUUUGAAUCCAACAAAGGAUGUCUGGACUUGGACUGGUCCUACAGAAGAAUUUGCAGGAUCCAUUGACAAUUCACCAAACGCUGCAAUUGUACAGCAAACAGAUACUAUAAAAAAGGUUUGCACUAUGCCAGGUGCAAUGCCAAUGGAGACAGAACUACUGUUAUCCCCAAAUUCACAACAGUCCGUUCCUGUAGAAAACAUAGAUACGCCAUUCUCAAACAUUUCUUCAAUUACAAGAGUAUCGGAAAUGGAUGCAACUCUGAAUGUUUCAGAAUUCAAUGACCCGAUUUACAGUCCCGAAGAAGAAACAACCGAUAUUGGCGAUCUAACAUUUUUAACAGAGCCCUCUCCUGAGGAUUAUGUUUCAGAAAAGAAGUUUAUUGUGUUUGAAACUUCUCUCGAUUUAUUGAUCAAAAAGGUUCAAACAUGUACUUUUCACGAACCAUGUAACGCUCCAAUAACAAACACAGAAAAAAUUAUAUCAGGCACUCUGUUAAAAGUAUACACUGUAUGUGAAUCAAAUCAUCGUUGCGAAUUUUGGAGCAGCCAGCCUAUGAUUGGGAACCGUUCUUGUGGAAAUUUAUUAGCAAGUGCAUCAAUUUUGUUCAGUGGUUCGCACUUUGCUAAAGUUGCGGAACUUUUUGCAAUUUUUGGAGUGCCGUUUAUUUCACAAUCCAUACAUUACAUAUAUCAAAAACAAUUUUUAUUUCCAAUAAUCGAUCAUCAUUAUAAGAAAGAAAGAAGAUUAUUGAUAGAUGGAUUACGUGGAAAAAUGGUAUGUCUGUCAGGAGAUGGGCAAUGUGACAGCCCUGGAUUUAAUGCCAAGUACUGCACGUAUUCACUUUUGGAGGAAAAAUCGCAAAAAAUAAUAGAAUGUCAAACAAUUCAAGUGAGUGACGCAAAAUCAUCUGUUGCUAUGGAAUCACUGGCAUUCAAAAGUUGCAUGGACCAAGUACUAGCCGACAAAAUUCUAAUUUCAAUUCUCGUUACCGAUCGUCAUGUAAGCAUAAGGAAAAUCAUGAGAGAGAGAUACAAAGCCAUUAAUCACCAAUUCGAUAUAUGGCACUAUUGUCGGAGCAUUCGGUUAAAACUAUCAACCAUAUGUCGCCAAGCGAUGUACAAGGAAUUGGUUCCGUGGCAAAAUUCGAUAAUAAAUCACAUGUGGGCAGCUUGUUCAUACAGCAAAGGAAAUCCAAUUUUGUUAAAAGAGAAAUGGCUGUCGGUAAUGCAUCACAUUAUAAACGAACAUGAAUGGGACUCUGCAACACUUUUCAAAAAAUGUCAACAUGCGGAAUAUGAUCAAACUCUUGAACAGAAAUCCUGGUUGAAAAAAAAUGGAGUGGCAUACUCCAAACUUCGAAGCUUUGUCACAGAUUCAAAAUUAGAGAAAGACUUUCCACAUUUGGUUCAUUUUUGCCACACGGGAUCACUUGAAGUCUUUCAUAGCCUGGUAUUAAAAUACCGUCCCAAAAGAGUACAUUUCACAAUGGAUGGGAUGGUAGCCAGGACACAACUGGCUGUUUUGGCCCACAACGCCAAUGUAGGCAGAGAACAGGCCACUAUACAGAAAGAACAAGCAGGCACUGGACACAUUGGGGACUUGAGGUUCAAACCGUUUUUCUCUAAAAGGAGUAAAAAUUGGAAAAUUAAGAAAAUAUAUGAAAAAACCACUAUUGCCCAUAUAUAUCCAAUGAUGGCUGACGUACUACGAAUAGCCUCAGGUGACUUACAAGUUAAUUGGCAGUCUCAAACAGGGCAACUUCCAAUAAACAUUGCUUCAACACCUCGCCCACCAAAGGAGGUAAUGGUUGACCGUCACUUUUCGCGUUUACGCCCAAGAAGACUUUAA